GUGGAGACGGAGAGUCAGGAGCUGGUGGACGGCUCCCUCAUCGACCUCUGCGGCGCCACCCUGCUCUGGCGCACGGCCGAGGGCCUGGCGCGCACCCCCACCCUCAAACACCUGGAGGCGCUGCGGCAGGAGAUCAACGCGGCGCGCCCGCAGUGUCCCGUGGGCUUCAACACGCUCGCCUUCCCCUCCAUGCGGCGCAAGGACACGCCGGACGAGAAGCAGCCCUGGGUGUACCUGCAGUGCGGCCACGUGCACGGAUUCCACAACUGGGGGAACCACCGCGAGGAGAGGGAGGGCCGGCAGAGGGAGUGCCCCAUGUGCCGCGCCAAAGGGCCGUACGUGCCGCUGUGGCUGGGCUGCGAGGCGGGCUUCUACGUGGACGCCGCCCCCCCCACACACGCCUUUAACCCCUGCGGCCAUGUCUGCUCGGAUAAGACGGCGGCCUUCUGGAGCCAGAUCCCGCUGCCGCACGGCACACACACCUUCCACGCCGCCUGUCCCUUCUGCGCCCAGCAGCUGAGCGGGGAGCAGGGCUUCGUCAGACUGAUCUUCCAGGGGCCCCUUGACUAGCGGCCCCUCGACUAGCUGCCCUGCGUCCUUCGGGUGAGGUGGAGGGGGGAGUUUUUCUGUUAAAGACCCUGCAAAGGAAACGGGGAGCGACACAGAUUUCGUUUCCCUCUACGAUACAAACUUUUUUCUGGACCUUUUGUCUCUUUCUCAUUUUUAAGUGACCUUUGUAUUGCUUUUACAUGAAUGACAACAAAGAUUUCUAUAUUUUCAUGUGAAACCAGAGACACAAAAACCAAACAGAGAACACUGCUGGGUAAACGUUUUGUUUGUUUCUCGGAAAGAACUUCCAACAACAGUAUUUUUCUAAAUCACGAACACACCGUAGUGCAAGCUCACGGUUUUAUUCACGUUUAUUGUUGCAAUAUGCAUCUGUGUACAUCUCUUAAAGCUAAUUUAAACAAAGAUGUUUAUUUAUGGCCCAGGAACCAUCGCUUCAUCCUUUAAUCUGUCAGAUAUACCUAACUUCCAAACUAUUUAGCAUUUUCAUUUGAAAUACAGUUUAUUGUUAGUCAGAUGUAAAGUUUAGGUGUGUUCUGAGGGUUCUGUCUGUCCUCAGAUCUGUUUGUCGUAUUUAUACACCCCGUCCUCUGGCGUGCUCUCACCUGUUUACCCUUCAGCUUCAACUUCUCGCCUUUUCACAUUCAAAGCAAUAGAUCUGGAAACCUCCCAAAGCAUUAUGGGAAACUGAGUCUUCUUGGUGUCUGGGUAACUCUCAGGCAGCCUCAAUGGAGCGCUCCCGCCCUUUAAAGUCCGCCUGACACUUUUAUAUGUGCGUGAUCUUUUCUGAUCAGAGAAUAGCCAUGAUACCGCAGCUAUGUAGCUACCACACACACACACACACACACACACACACACACACACACACACACACACACACACACACACA